CACCUGGCGCAUCCGGUCGAACGGCAGGUAACAGUUAGUUGUCAUAACGACGGAGUCGGAGCGGUUUCUGUUGUGUGAUGUCAGAGACGUAAGCUGUAACGUGGACUCGACACUCAUUCCGUCUCGUGUUGUUAUCAUGUACGUAGUGGACAGGGAAGGAUCAGGAUGAGAUCUAAUGGCCUCCGAACAAGACGCGAUGAAACAACUCAGAGAAGUGUUCGAUUUAUGCGACGAAAUGAAAUGCGGUUAUUUAUCAAUUGAUCAAUUGAAGGAAUUAGGAAAAAAGUAUUUCGGCGGAAGAGAAGAGGAAAUGGUACAGCUGUUAGAAUGUUUAGAUCCAAAGGGUCAAGGAGUCAUCACUUUUAACGAUUUCUGCAGAGGUGUAGCUACUGUCACUCAAUUCGGAGGUGCGGACAGAUCGACACAGGAUUACGUUUUGCGACAGAAUUCUCAUAUAUUUCUUGAACAAGUUUUCAAUGAUAAUCAUGAAAUGUCUCAAGAUGAAUAUAAACCUAUUGCUCUGAGUUCUUUAGGAGAUUGUGAUAGUGCUGUAGUUACAUUCAGUGAUAAUAGUCAAGGAUCUCCUGCACCUGAAGAAAAAGCAGAGAGUUACAGUCCAAGCACAAGUGAAGGAGAAGAACGUUACGAAUGUUACGGAGAAGCUGAAGAUAUAGAAUUUGAUGAAAAUCAUUGUAAUGGUCACAUUUCAAAAUCUCAUUUAAGUUCAGAUAGCUUUAGAAGUACAAGCAGUGCAGGAAGUACAGGGAGUAGGAGAGUUCGUCUACCUCAUCAUUCUCAUCUCCGUCGUAAUUCGUGGCAUCAUAGCAGUAUCCACAAAACAAAUUCUGGGAAGAAGAUAUCUGCUAAUGCUUUAACAAGUCAAUUGUUUCAUAGUGGUGCUUUCAAUGGCCAUACCCAAACCUCCAAUAGUAGGAGGAGUUCCAUUAGUUAUGAUUCAGAUGAUAUGUAUACAGACCAAUUAUCCUUAGAAGACGAUGUUCAAGAUCUCAGCCAAAAAGUCCAGUUUUUAGAACAACAAGUAACUGCUCUGUCACAUAGUCAAACUAAUAACGAAGAUCGUUACUCUAAAGUCAAACAGGAGAAUGCGAUUCUUACCACAAAGAUACGUUCACUAGAAGAACAAAUCAGAGAAUUGGAAAUAAGAUCAGAAGAAAGAUUAAAAGAAGAACAGAAGCAAUUAAAAGAAGCAAUGGCUAGACAUGAGAGAGAGAAGAGUCAAGAAGUAGAUCAAUAUGCAACUAGGUUAUACAAUCUUCAGCAAGAUUAUUUGCAACUAAAAGAAGAAGCUAAACAAAUCAAAGCACAUGCUGAAAAAUUAAAACAGGAAAAAUUUUAUUUACAAGAACAACUAACAGAAAGUACAACAGAAUUGGCAAAUUUACAGGAAGAACAUAAGAAAUUUAAAGAAUUAGCUUAUCGAGAAAGGGAAGAACACCUGCAUGAAAAGAAUACAACUGCAAGACUUUUGCAAGAGUUAAAUCAAGAAAUAGAAGAAUUAAGAAGAUAUAGGCAGGAAAUUGAAAAUUCUCAUUCUCCGGUCUUAUUAGAACUACCUUCUCGUUAUUAUGAAAUAGAAAGGGAAUUGAGAAGAUUAAAAGAGGAAAACUCUGCUCUUCGCGAAGCCAACGAAGAAUUACAGGCACAAAUUUUAAGUUCCGGUAUAAAACAGGGUCAAAGUUUACUUCGACAAGAAGCCGCCACGUCUUUGGCCGAAGAAUUAGAAAAUCUCUCCAAAGACGAAGUAAUGACCGCUCUUCGUGAACAGCAGGAAGUGAACGCAAAAUUACGCGCUUACAUCGACGGAAUUUUGUUAAAUAUCAUGGAAAACUAUCCUCAAUUACUCGAAGUUAAACAUAAAAAUAAUUCGUGAUCUCACGUUAUUCUUACGAGUGGAAAAAUUCCGAAGAUUAUUAUUAGUGAUAAUUAUUGUGAUAAUUGCCCUCGAAACCCGUACAAAAGUUUGCUGUGAUUCCGUGACCGGUUGUGAUGUCACGAUACUCUCGAAGGACUUCACCUUUUCGUGCGAAAACUCAACCGAUAUAUCGUAAAACAUAUCGGACGUUACCACGAAUAAUCGUAUUUAUUAACAAACCGAUUAUCCGUGCCAUUUCAUAAAAAAGAAAUGACGAUUCCUAGUUCCAUAUUUUUAUGAUAGACGGACCGUCUUUUGAAUUCGAAAUGAAACGAUUAUGGCAAAUUUUAGAUAUUUCAAUAGACGUUUAUAGACCCUUUUUUUAAAUCCGAAAAUGUGUGGUCUCACGUUUAAAUUAUUUGUUUCGAUUUGUUCGGGUGUCUUCACGACGGUUCUUCGUCACCAACGUAUUCCAAUAAUUUGGCUGUUGCCUUUAAGUAAUAGAUUUUUUUAAAUCCAAACUUAUUGGAAUACAAAACUGGUUCAUAUUUUUUUUACAUAUAAAUAUUAUCGAUCGUGCACGAAUUUUUGUCAGGAAAAAAAAACCUGCAAGAACUGUUAAAUGCCAGGGAAUACUUUAUAUGUUGCACCGUGACGAAAUUUUAGUGACAAGUUACCGAGAAUUUGCCAGUGUGUAUAUAAAGUUAUUAUAUAUAAAACUGCUGCUAUUCGCUUUUAACUUUAAUUAUUUAAGACAUUACCAGUUGAAUAAAAUGUUUGAAAAUGAA